AAUGAAAUUGAUGAAAUGAGAUUGAAUGGUACAAUGAUAAAUUGUCAGAUCAUCUUUGACACAUAUAUUCGUCUUUGUUCACAGACGCUUAAAGAGCGUGCAGCAGAGAUUACAGCGCAGAAAGAGGCGUUCGCCAUACAGAAGAGGAUCGCUGACAACGAGUGCUCUGAGCUGCGUACUGCUAUUACUGAUAGAAAAAGCAGGAUACGGCAGUUGCAGAUGCGAUAUGACAACAGCGUCGCGACAAUAGGUACUACUGUGGAUGGGGCGCCGAUGAACACUGCAUACUUAAAGAUACAAAGUGCUCAAGAGCGGUACAUGCUGCGAGAACAAGGCGACAAAUUAGACGAAACAAUCAGACGAACAGAGCAGGAAAUACGUAGCAUGGAAAAUACAUUGCGUGUAGUAAACGUAUGUAACGACAAAUAUAGGGACAGCAUGAGCACAGUUGAUCAGGACGGACCUGAAUGGACGGAACAAAACAGACUCGAUGAGCAGAUGCAUAAUGCACGACAGAAGCUAUUGCAAAAACAAACACAACUGCAACGAUUGUUUGAUAAAUUACAGAAAACGCAGAAUGAUUAUACUCAAUUGUUCAACGAUAUCGAAAAAAGCAAAGAAGAAAAGGAAAAUAAAGAACGUUACUUAUCAGGUAUUGAGAAACAAAUGGCAGAUCAAGAAGAGAAGAUAUCCAGAGCCAAUAAGAGCCUUCGUAAGGUACAGAAGGAUAUAAAUUUAUAUGUUUCUAAAAGGGACGAUGCUGUGCUUCUGCAGCAGAGAGAAGUGGAAUUGCGAGAGCUUCAAGAACAAAACGCCUUAGUUCUUCAAGAUAUCGCGGAGUUCACGAUUCGUCAUGUAGAAGCUGAAGCGUAUGUUAAGAAAUUGCUGAUAACUAAGAACAUUGAGUUACCAUAUUUUCCUUCAUCGAUUAAAUCGCCUAGUUCCACAGGCACGAUAGAUCAUUUGAAGAGUACGAGUCGCAUAAGUGCUUUUACAUCAUCAAGGGAGAGUAUCAGUAGCGUAAUUAAAAUAGAGCCGCAAUUUGAGGAACCGAGUAACGCAUCGAGGAAAACUGCAAAGCAUCCCACAUCUGAAGAAUCGCUUGCUUUGUCAAAGCGAUCCACUAUUGCACACAAAAAGCAACAAUUAUGGAAAAAAUUAUAAUAAUAAUUUCGAUAAUAUAAUAAUUCAAAUUGGGCAUUUAUAUGUUAGUUCGAUAUUAGCUAAAAUAAAUGUAACGCAUGG